AUGGCGUCUCAAAACGUACUGACGGUCUCAUCCAACACGAAGCAGAAGCUUCAGGUCAUCAAUCAUGCUGGGGGUAAAGCCCCAGCCACCUUGAGCAAGGAAGACCUCAAAAAGAAUCUUGAGCAGAAGGCUUCAGAUGCUCCGUCCAAUGGAGAGCCGGUCUAUACAUGCGUGACCCAACGCAAUGCUCCACGUUCUUCUCCAGCUGCCAUUAUGGUUGGCCUGUUUGAAGAAAUUCCUCGCUGGAAAGCUGGCUCCGUCAUCAACUUCGCCGCCUACGCCGAUGGCUAUCCGGCGCCUGGUGAUGCUAUUUACGCGGCGAACUGCCUCAUCGAGGCCGCCGAGGUAUGGAACUCGGCAAAAGUCGGAGUCACGUUCAAGUGGGUGCCCAAUGUCGAAGAUGCGGCAUUUGUCCUUGCCUAUGGCGGCAAGUUGAGCACCGUUCUCGCCAGCGCCUUCUUCCCGGGCAAGAUCGACCUAGAAACUUUGUACGUGUACGAGCACGGCUUCGACAAGACCGAAAAGACCUCCAAGAGAGGCAAGUAUAGCAACUACCAGAUCAUGAAGAAUGUUUUCCUGCACGAGCUGGGCCAUGUCUUGGGCUUGAGACAUGAAUUUGCUAUGGACCCGGGCACCUUUGAAGGGGGUGCCAUCGUGAUGGGCUCUUCGAAUAUCGAGUCCGUCAUGAGCUACGUCUUUCCACCCGAGCUACAAGAGUCUGACAUCAAGGACACUCGAUACUUCUACAAGCAUCCCCUGAUCGUUGACUACGCUCCUAACAACUAG